CUUGCGCAAUCCGCGCGGAGCGUCGAGUCGCUCCUCUUCCCCGCCAGCUCGCGCCGCAGGGUCGGGCGGACAUCGACUUACAACAACCCCGAGUUUAGUUGUUGCGCUAAUUCAGAAUUUUUGAAGACGAAAUGGAGAACCCGCAUCGCUCGGUGAACGAUUGUCACCUGAUGCUGCCGUCGCUGCGUCUCUUCAUCCCGCCGCUGCGCCUGGUGUCUGCAGCCAUGUGGCAGGUGGUCCAGAGGGGCCACGUGCAGGACUACGGGAUGGUGGAGGAGUUCAUCAGCAUGGUUACGGACUCUGUGCCUGAACUCCUGAAUGCCGACCAGAAGGCUCAGCUCCUCCUGGGACUCCGAGCGCGGGUGGUUCUGGAGUUGUGUCGGGCUGAGCAGAUCACGGACGUGGAAUCCAUCGAAAUGCACCUGAGUCAGAUCAGGACCCUUAUAUCCACCUGGGCGGCGCAGCCAUGUUUUGAAGCAGUCGAGUUUCCAGAAUCAAACUUUGUGGAUCAAGUUGAGUUAUUGUUGAAAGACCCGGAAGAAAAGGAGAAGUUCUUCCAGGAUGUUUUUCCGACUGAUUUUGGCCCGGAAUAUGAUGGCGCUCUGCAGGUGCUGUUGCUGGACUUCCUGUCCAGGCUGGAGAGGCUUCUUCCUGUUCCUGAUCUUCAGCAGACUGCGUCCAUGCUCAGUGCUGCCCCGUGUGCCUUGGAGGAGUGUGUGCAUGCUGUUCCUGAGCUGCAGGAGCUGAAAACGGUGCUGCAGUACCACACUGUGCUGGGACACGUGGAUUUAUGUGAUGAAACUCAGAGCAUUCCAUCCUCCUUUGGGAACUGUAUCCUGUCUUCACUGUCGCUCCCUCAGCUGGAGAAGGUUGUUAUCGAUGCAGAUCACAUCCAGCUUCAGCCUCCUGCGGAGCAGAUGGACGGAUGUAUGACCGUCCAGGUGGAGGGUCAGACGGUGACGCUGCUGGACUACAUACAGAUCGAGGAUCCAUCUGACCAAGAAGAAUCUGCAAACGAGGACGGAGGCACCGUAGAGACUUCUCGGCCAAGUAGGGGCGACAUCGGUGACGCAGACAGUAGCAGCCUCAAACCAGCAUCUUUCCAGCCACUCAAACAAAGCAAAAGGAUUCAAUUGAAGAAAAGAGAUUUUAAUGACAAAGACUCGUUACCUAUUUUCAAGAGACAGAGAAAAAAGUACCCCAACAACAAGACGUGUCCUGUGUGUAACAAAACCUUCCUGCGUGCGGCGGCCAUGAGGCGACACCAGGAAAUCCACUCUGAAAGCAGAGAUCUCAGGUACAAGUGUGCCAACUGUGAUAAGCGCUUCAGGGAUCAAUAUGACAUGAACCGGCACAGAAUGCGGGUCCAUGAGCGUGAGGAAACCAAUGGGAGUGCCAAAGAAGACGAUGUAGGGGAUCCCAGUGCCGCCGACACAGCCGACAGCAAGAACUGCGUUCUGUGUGGAAAGUUCUUCGCUCGCAACAUGGACAUGGAGCGCCAUAUGAUUUCCCACUCGGAGGACCGUCCGCAUAAGUGUUGUUACUGCGAGAAGAAAUUCAAGAACCUUUAUGUUUUGAGGAGACAUCAGAAAGAGAUCUGCAAGAGCAAAGAGCUGAAAAAAGCUCCAGUCGCUGUGAAGAGACGAGAAGUCCAGCAUGCUCAUGUGCAGUUGCCAUUGGACGGCGCGAUAGACGGGAAAAUCUGUCCUAUCUGCAGCCGGAUCCUCCCCUGCACCGCCGACAUAGCCAAGCAUUUACGCUCACACACCGAAGAGCGACCUUUUAUCUGCAUCACUUGCGAGAAGGGCUUCAAGUACAAGGACACGCUGAAGAAACACCAGAUCAUCCACGGACAUGAGGGUAUCCGCGAGGAACAAAGCAAGACCAUGGAGCAGAUCUUGGCGGAAGCCGAUCCUCAGAACUGCGGUGAAACGGGUAGUUUUGUUAAAAAUAGCCUGGAUGCAGCCGCUGUUGAUGCUUUUGAAGAGCUGUCGUCUGUGUCGCAACAGACGUGCAAAAUUUGCCCGAUUUGCGCCAGAGUGUUUGACAGCAUAAAGGUCCUGAACCGGCACAAACAAUGUCACACGGAUGACCGACCGUACCACUGCAUAUACUGCAGACGGCGCUUCAAGCACAUGCACGGGCUGAAACGCCACCAGAUUUACGCUGUGUGCCACAAGAAAAUAACACGGUUUUCCAUGUGGAAAAAGGAGCCCAGAGCAGGGACCAGCCACGGAGAUCUGACCGGUGCCGAUCCCCACCAGGAGCCACCUCUGAAGAUACCGGUGUGGUGUUCAAACUGCGGCAAGCACUUUGAAUACCCUUCAGCUCUGAAGGAGCAUCAGGAAAACGUCUGCAAAGUGGAGGUGAAGGAGGUGUUUAAGUGCAAGGGCUGUGGGAAAGAAUUCAAGAGCAUGACCAUGCUCAAAGUGCACGAGAGGAUCCACGACCCCCUCUACUGCAAAGAGUGUGGUAAGAUCCUCGCCAACGAGGAUGCGUUUGAGAGGCACAAACUGAUGCACCGCCCCAUGCAGUGCACCAUGUGUGACAAGACCUUCACCCUGCUGCGGCGUUUGAGGGAACACUACGAGAAGCAGCACAACUUCACCGGCCCCUAUCCGUGCACGCAGUGCGGCAAAGCCUUCAUCCAGCUGUCCUACCUCGCCAUCCAUGAAAGGAUCCACAAAGGCGAGUUCCCGUACGCUUGCAGCAUGUGCUCGGAGAAGUUCCGCUCUUCCAACUGUCUGACGGUUCACCAGCGGAAACACACCGGCGAGAAGCCCUUCCUCUGCUGGCAGUGUGGCAAGUGCUACCGCUCGGCCUCUGAGCUCUCCGUACACAUGGGUACGCACUCGGAGGAGCGGCCCUGGGCCUGCACGCAGUGCGACAUGGCUUACCGCACCAAGCUGCAGCUGACCAACCACGUGGAACAGAUCCACAUUGGUGUGCGCUACCCGUGCACCAGCUGCGGGAAGCAGUUCAUGAAGGAGACAUCGCUGAAGCGGCACGAGCUGAUCCACACGGGCGAGCGGCCACAUCAGUGCACAGUGUGUGGCAAGACCUUCCUGACCGCCAACGAGCUCCGCCUCCACAACAGGUACCACACUGGCGAGCGUCCGUACAAAUGUGAAAUGUGCGGGAAAGCUUUCAUCCAGUCGGGGUACCUGAAGACUCACAUGCGCAUCCAUACGGGCGAGAAGCCAUUUAAAUGUGACAUAUGCAACAAAGGCUUCCGACUGUCCUACCACAUGAAGAAGCACCGCUGGACGCACAUGGGCAACACGAAAAGCUACGCCUGCCAGGAGUGUAAGCUGGCCUUCCUCAACAAAAAGGCCCUGUGGCAGCACUCGCUGUCUCACGAUGUCAAACUGGAGUCGUUUACACAGGAAGCCAAACUAGACUUUCAGUAGAAUUCUUUAUCUUCCUUCAGUGUUGAUGUCAGGCUUUUUUUUUUUUUUUCAGUUGUGGAUGUGAUGAGGUGUUAAAAUACAAUCAGCUCACUCAGUGUCCUGAUACACGCCGCCGCGAUAAGAUGGCUAAAUGUUUACAUGUUCGCCCUAAAGUGUAAAACGUGUUUUGUUUGACACUUGUUUAUUAAUGCAGAUUUGUGCCUUAACCAAUCAGAAUUAGUGUUUUGUUUUUUCCUGUAUGCGCAUGUUUAUACAUACACACACACACACACAUAUAUAUAUAUAUAUAAUUAAAUUAGUUUUGGUGGCAUUUGGCAGUUUUACACCUAUUUCUCUGAAGUCAAACAAAUUGGUUUUGGGACGAGUCCAGGCCGGAUUUUCAGGGUUACGACUCGCGGCUGCAAAGCCCGGUUUCUGCUGCGCCGCGCGCACAACGUCCACGCUGCUUCCACCACAGUGAUCUUUGCUUUCACUUUUUCACAGCUGUGAAUUUUCAUAAAUCAGUAACGUGCACGAAAAAAAACCACGAGUUUAGAUGUGAAACACUGCAAGUCCAAAACCGCAACAUAAAACUGCAACAUAAAAUCGCAGUACAAAGUGUAGCUUUAUGUAAAUAAAAUGAGAAUGGUGCAUUCAAGUUAAUAUUUUGCACAGUGUCUGUGACCUGCAUGUUGACCUCAAUUUAAAAACUCCUGGUUUUUGGGCUCCGUGUUUUGUAUCAGAACUCACCUUCUGGUUUAUCAUGAACCCGAAACGUGACAAAAUGCUACUUCAGAGAUGAACAGGAAGCUAUCAGACCUGCUAACUGUGCAGUCGAACCGUUCGCGCGCACUGGAAUUUAAUCAGUGAGGCCACAAACGUCUCGCACGACUCUAAAGAUGUCAAUCUUUUUGUUUGUUUUAAAUUGAUGCUUCCAGUGACUCCUGGAAAAAAUUAUGGAAUCACUGCAAAGAAAGAAGCUUCAACCGGCUUUCUGACUUCACAUAAGGAAACAAAAAAUCAGAUGAUGCAAAGCAGCUUUUUUUUUUAUAACUUUUUUUUUUUUUUUUUUACUCGAUCUGGAAAAUGAUUUGGCUUUAAUUUAAAACCCUUAAUGUGUCUCUUAAGUCAGAAACCUGGAUGACUGUUACCUCUGUGGUGAUGUCAUUUUUACAUCCGCUAAGGACGUAAUAAAAUCAUCUGCGCUUAUUUAUUUAUUUGUCUGUCUGUUAGCAGGAUUAUGUCAAAGCUACUGCACAAAUUUUGACAUUUGCACCACAGAUAGAUUUGAGGGCCUGGAAGACUCCACUGAAGUUUGGAGGUGAUCCGGAUCUGGAUUGGCGGACGUCAGAAAUCUCAAAUUGCUCUCAUUUUCCCCGUGAGUUGUCUUCUGUGCGACUUCCUUGCUGAAUGUGUAAUUAUGACCACAGAGUUUCCUACAGUUCUCCUUUUAGGAAGUUUAUUUUCUGCCGAGUCCAUCGACCUUAUUUUAAAACUUUUCACAUCAGAUCUGGGUAACAGUAGGAGGGCUGUUUUUGUUAUAUAGAUUUUUAAUAUACAGAUUAUAUACGAACUCAGUUGUUCAGUUGGGAGCACAUACCUCCACCAUGGCCAUAUAUUCUGUAUCCAAAACAUGUUCCGGAUCACAUUCAUAUUAAAAUCCUUCAUCUCGGACGUAAUCCACCAAAUUUCAUUGACAUCCUCUCACAACCUUUUUCAGUUAAAUGUUGCGACAUGCCAAACAUUCUUUUGAAUUCCAGGUCCAGAAUGUAUUCUGGAUCACAUCCAAAUCUAAAUCCUGUAUUUCCCAGACCAUUGUUUAUCUGCUCACCAAAUGUCAUUAAAUUUCCCUUUGUUACUUUUUGGUUUGUCCUGCUAACUUUUACUUUGUGCUGUUCCGCUGUGAGAAUUCAUUUGUUGUUUUUUGUUUUGAAUUUUCCUAGUUGAAUUGUUACUUUGAGCUGUUUGGAGGAUCUGCUCAGUUUCUGCUUCAUAACUUUAUGAAAUAAAUCUGUCCUGAACGUAGCGUUUUUCUGUUGUUCCUCCAGAGCAGAAGAUUGCUUCAUAAACUCUGAACGGAGCUGGGAUGUGUUAAGGUGUUGGAGCUUCAUGUAGUCAUUG